GAAGGACGAGGGGGGCAGGGACAAUGACAAGACACCGGAGGCACAUGCCACAGUAAACAAGGCAUGAGCCUCCACAUACAGGUAAGGCCUGGGACUGCCAGAACUCUGCAACCAUGACAAAAUACAAAUAUAACACAAGACUUCAAGGCAGAGUCCUGACAUAUGCAUUGUGGUAAUUCAAACCUACGGUAUGGGGGUAAAACAAAAAUAUAUAUCCACAGAACAUAUUAAACUGUGCUAAGCCAAUUUAUUGUGUCAAACGAAAAAAUUUGUGUUGACUGAACAUAGUUUGCAGCCAGAAAAGCGUAUGCACAUGCGCCAGAAAAUACGGUUUCCUCAGUGGAUUGAAAGGCGGGUGCGUGGGUAUCGACCUUCGAAAUUUUCAUCAAUAAACUUAUGGUAAGUACUUAAAUAUUUACAUUUAAAGCAACAGUAUGUAGGAUUGUGGCUAAAACUGGUAUUGCAAUCACAAAACUUGUGGCUUAAACUGGUACUGCAAUCACACAACUGGUGGCCGAUACACAAAAUGACAACAUAAACAUCAGUUGAGGGCUGCAACACCACUUUUUAAAUGACAAUAUCCUGGCCAGACCACUGUUGUAAGUGAUAUAAGUAUUUGAAAUGAAAAUGAUUUCUUAAUGUCUAGUGACAUAUCAGGGCCAUUUUAUGAUUAAUUGAUACACAUUUCUUACAUACUGUUCCUUUAAGUCAUUUUAAGUAUUAAUUAAAUCGUUUUUAAAUUAAACUGAGUGCAUGUACUAAAUAAUUACAACACAGAAUCAAAUAUCAUAUUGCCAAGACAGAGUAACUAUAAACGAGACUCUCGGAUUGUUUUAAUGUUUUUAAGCGAGUGUUUAACUUUAUUGUGAUUGCAUUGUUUAUUUGAGACACUAGGUAUAUGAUUUUGUUAUAAAACAUAUAUGUUUCUCCUCAGAGUUACGCACAGCUGUUAGAACUGAGCUAACAACGCCUCCGCAGGCCACGUCUGCUACAACUUUCACAGUUUUAAGAGACAUCUUGAUGGAAAUAUUGGGCAAGUUGGCAGAAGCUAUAUACUCAUAUAAGGCAUACCCCAAGGACACUGAUUUAAUGAAGGUUGCAUCUGCAUUGAUCAAGAAACAUCCCUGGGUGCUUGUUUGGGCAGAAAUGACUGUAAAUAGACGAAAUGCAUGGAUUUACACAAAGAUGGAUUUCACCUUCUCCCUUAGAAGACGAGAGAUUAUUGAAGAUCAGCCUCUAGUAUCUACUCUCAAACAACGAUGGCCGGCACUCUUUAUUGAGGAACAGGAGGAUCAGCCUGCAUCCAUUUGCAUGUUAUGGCUUCACGGUUUUCAGGCAGACCUGACUGUGCAAAUAAGGGCUACUGCUAUUCGGGGUCUUCCCCUGUAUUUCAAAGAACAUGGAAUCAUUUGCAAGCCUGUUCUGAGUACCGAAGCUUUGGAGGUUCACCUAAGGGACAUGAAAAUGGGAAUCCUUGAAACUGUGAGCAGUAGCUGUUCAACAUCAAGAUCCCUUUUCAGUGUGGUGAAUGUUGCAGUUGUCCUGGAAGAGCAGGUUGUGCUGGAACAUUUGGGAGACUUUGUAUGCAUUCAUUGUCCUUUUUGGCUUGCUCUAUGCUCUAAACAUGGAGUACGACAAGGACUUAAAAUUCACACUUGAAGUUGUUCAGAAAGGCCUUCUGAACCUGGGAACAGAGUGCAGCAAGGAAGUUCAGACUCUGCGGAGCAAAUUGAUGGAGAACUAAGUGCAAUUUAACUUGCCUUUUUACAGGAAAAUUGGUGAGAGACACUCCCCAAUUUUGUAUGGUGGUUUUGCAGUUUUGCAAGAAUAUGUAAAAUUUUUCAGUUGUUCAAAACUGUUAAGAAGCAGUUUCAUAAGAUUUAUGUAAGAUUGCUGAAAGUCGAGUGACAUUUUGUGGACACAGGGUGAGGAACCCUACCCUAAGCUACUUGGAUUUAAUAGUGUUUUCGACGGUUUCGCAAUUUUGCAAAUAUUUGUGUUUUAGAUAUUUAAUGUCUCAACUGUUAAAAAGCAGUUUCUUGAGCUUUUACUUACAGUAGUGUGAGAAUGUGAAAUCUACCGUAAGUGAAUUUGUGAUGAACAUUUGGUGAAGAAUAUUUAUUGUUUGAACUGUUGAGGGGCAGUUUCAUAAGCUUUUACUUGUACUUGUGAGGAUGAAAAAAUGCAACUGAAGCUUUACCGAACACUUAGUAAGGUACAAUUCUGUUUCUUAAAUUGUAUAUUGCUUUAACAUUUUUAUGAUUUUUUGAAUGUGUUAUGGUAUAAGG